GGAAGACAAUACACUGUUCCUUCUGUAAGUAAUACCAUGUGGAUCUUAAUAAACUAAAGCAAAAGUUGCCCUGGCUUUAUAAUAUGGUCAACUCUCCUCUUAUCUCAGUUUCAUUCUCUUCCCCCCAUAAUCCUCCCAACCACCACCAUCACCUCUCAUGGCUUCAGAUCAAAAUACCCUCAACAAACACCAGUCCCACACCAAUAAGACCACCGUCUUUGGGUGGUCCAGCCGCCGGAGAACACCAUUACGUAGGCGGAGACCGCCAUCGAUGCGGCUGGGAGGAAAGAAAACCCGCCGAGGACUCUUCUUGGUGAGACUUUUCAGGCGAGUCCGACUGCGAUGGUUAAAGCUCAAGUACUCGUGCAUGCUCAAGAAGCUCAAGGACUACUAUCAUUCUUUGGUGAAAGAUAUCAUUGAAGGCGGUGCGACCAUCGAGUCGUAUCAACAGAGACUUUUUCUGGAGACUUCUUUCGCCAUACCCGUCAUGGGUCUGUCCUUCAGUAGUAUUCCAACCAGCUACGGUUUAGACCGCCCCUGACGCAUCCUCCAGUUAAAAAUAAUUACUCGCUCUCUCUCUCUAUCUCUCCUGUUUCUGUUUGUGUUUGUGUAACACUGAAUAUGUGUGAUUGUGAAAUACAAAAUAGCAAAUAAGUUUACAUUUUCUACCUUAACCAGCUGCUGUGUGAUGUAUGCUUUGAAAGGGUGGAUACAACAUAAAUCCUAGUCGUUUCAUGAAAAAUUC